AUGAUUCGACCGGAUGAUAUAUCAGCAGAUGAUGAGCUUGCCGCCCCAUCUACCAGGUAAUUAAUUAAUUAGAGAUUGUUGAUCUGGAAAAUGUUUAUUUUUCAGUCAAUCAAAUGGAGAACAACCAAAAAAGGGUAUCUUGAAAAGACCUUCAAUUGUGAAUGAGGAAAAACGUGAUAAGGUAAACAGAAUUCGUUUUAUGCGAGGCCCAAAGUAAAAAAUAUAUGUAGCAAAAAAUACGAGAAUAUAUCGUCCAAAGCUCGCCUUAUAUUCGAAAUACAGAACAGAGAAAUAGUGUGUAUAUUCGAGAGACGCAGCCACGAAACAGAGAAAUAGUGUAAAUAUUCGAGAGACGCAGACAGCUAGACUUUGGACGAUAUAUGUUCGCAUUUUUUGUUAUAUUUUUGCUUUGGACACCGCAUUAACAUAUUCUCAAAUAUAUCUGCUUUUCAGCUAUUUCCACUGGCUGGGUUCCGAUCUUCUCCUGAUCGUUUUCCGGAUAAGGGAUCUACCAGGAUCCCAAAAUUACAAGUAACAUGGUGGGAAAAGAAUGCAGGUAACUUAUUAUUUUCAAAACAGAAUUUUGAAUUUAAAAAUAUCAUAGCAAACAAAGUAUUUCAGUGGCAUUCAUAAGUGAAACGAGCGAUGAGGCAAAUACAGAUUCUGAACAAGUUUUACGAGAUUUGGGAAAUGGAAGGCGAACAGAUCAAGGAAUGAAAAGUUUACAAAUCAGGCAGACAGCGAUAUUAGAUUCGGAUGAUUCAGAUAUGAAUGAGGCUCUGAAACAGGGUAAGAAAUAAAUAAAAAUAAUAAUGGAACUUAAUUGAGUCUUUGAAAAAAUAGGACAAAAAAAACGAAAACGAUCCUCUCAAAUUUCAGAAAAUCCCGAUGUGAAUUUUCAAACUCCUGACUUCGACGAAACUAUGAGCGUAACUAGUUCGACUGGCAGUGCAACUUCAGCAGUUGUUGGGCGUUGGUGGACUGGAAAAGACACAAGGUGAGGUUUAAUCAGGGGUUCUUGGUGUUCUGAUUCACUUAUUUUUCCGAUUAUCUGAAUAUGUUUAUCUUAAUUUUUUGAAUUCUGUUUUACAGAUACGUUCCACAUUGCGUCAAAAAAGGCUGUAAUCAUGCAAACCAUCCGCCACCUGGUGAAUAUGUAACACCAACGCAAAGAAGGAACAAAGAAUUGGCGCAGUUGAAAAAGGUUUAAUCUUUCCUUCCUCUUCCUCCAUCAAACAUUGAUUAACUGUUCAGGAACUACGGCAAGCACUGACAGAACGUGACGAAAAAGAGAAACAUUUGUCAGAUCUACGGGAUAAAGUAAAAGAGGUAUCAAAUACUCUCACAUCCAACAAAUUGUACUAAUUUGCAUUUUUUUUAGAUUGAAGUCUUUAAUGAAACCCAAUCCACUCUUGUCGAAGGUCAAAAAAUGAUGAGAAAAGAGCAAUUGGAACGAGAAGCAUUAGAAAAAGAAAAGAAAUUAAUGGAAAAGAAGCAUGCUGUUCGCGUGAAUCAGCUAAUUCAGGAGACGAUGGCUGCAAGGUUUUUUGCCUCCAUUUCUGUCUUUUCUUCAUUUUUGUUUAUUUUUUCAGAGAAGAAAUUGUGAAGCUCACAUCGAAAAAUUCGUUUUUAGAAGAAUUAUUGGGAAAACCUAGAUGCGAAGCUGAAACACAAACUGAUAUUGAGAGUGACUUCAUGUUUCGUGGUAAUCCGCCAGAUCCGACUUCUGAUUCUAUGAAUCAAAGCCAACAUCAAAACCAGAUACAAGUUCAAAAUCUUAGUAAGCAUCUUAUAAAGAAGUUCAGAAAAUGGAUAGUUUUUUUCAGUUUCACAAACAAUUCAAGCUGAUACUCCAAUCUCACCAAUGAUGACACUAGAAAGGGUGAGUCUCAAUAAAAAUCUGUGAAAAUCAUUUAUGUUUUUCAGGUCUCAAGUCCUGCCGCAAUGAGCCCAAGUCCAAUUAUGAUUCCACUCACAUCCCCUGGCGAUUCAAAAGGUCAAACUAUGUAUUGCAGUCAAGAAGCACUAAAUCAUAUACAGGUAAGACAACUAUGAAAAUAGAAAAAAGGUUGAGCACCCCCGAAUUAAAAAAUUGUUGUGUUUGAACAAAUUUUUUUCAUAAUUUGAAAUAUUUCUAGGCGUGUCAAAAUGAAGCGUUCAUCUGGCGAAAUAAAGCAGCACAACUAGAAAUAGUUGCGAAAGAGCAGAUUUUGAAAAUUGGACAGCUGGAAGAAGAAAUUGAAAAAUCAAAAAAUAAACCAAGAAGUGAGAAUCAUGCGAUAACUGUGACUCAAAACGCAUUCAUUGUUGAAGAUAUGUCCAAUCAAGCUAUAAAUACACCAGUUGAAAGUGUGAGUAAAAAUAAAAUCUUCCCAUUAAAAUGUAUUUAUUUUCAGCAACACGAACCAAUUCUGAUAACUGAUUGUCAUUUUGAAGCAUGUAUUGAAUCGAAAAAUGUUAUGAAACAUGAAAUCGAACAUCUUCGACAAGUUUUUGAUGAUGGCAAAAAACGAAUUCGAGAACUUGAAGAAGAUGUGAAUCAAUUCAGAAAAGAGCUUGAUAAUCUUGAUGAUGAAAAAGUUCGACUAGAAGAAUCACUUGUUCAAGCAAAUUUGGAUAUUGAAUCGAAAUCAGCAGAAAUUGUUGCAUCUUUGAAUACUGCGAAUCGAUUACAACAAGAAAAAGAUAAUAUGCAUCGAGCAAUUGAUUAUAUGGAAGAACGAAUGCAAGUUUAUCGAAAUACCCUGCAAGAAAACGAUUUGGUUGUGACUGAUGAAAAUAGUUCGGAUUGGAGAAGAACUAUGAGUGAUCCCAGAUUUAAUGUGAUGAAUUCGAAAAUAGUUCAAACUACUUUGACUUCACAACAACUUUCUGACCAUGAAUCUGAUUUUUUGAGCACCCAACAAACUUUGCAUGUUAGUUUUAUUUCUCAAAACAUUUUAUGAUUUUGUUUUUUUCUAGGAACUUCAAAAAGAAUUCAAUGCUAAAAAUUCUAACAUUUCUGACAAGUUCAAAGAAGUUGAAGAUAUUUUAUUAACGAAAACCGAGUUAGUUGAAACUUUGACUAAACAACUCGAAGAAAUCAGGAAAAAUCAGACAAAAGAUCUUGACCAUCAUCAAUCUGAACGAGAUCAAUAUAAAAAAUCGUUAGAAGAAGUCACUCUUGUAGCAGAAAAGGUUCCCAUCCUCGAAGCAAAAAUAUCUAAUUUGUCAAAAGAGAAAAAUGAAAUUGAAGCGGAAUUGAAAAAACAUAUGGAGAGCUUCGAAGAUGAAUUGUCGCAGGUUUUGGAGGAGUCACUCGCAAAAAAUAGAUUGCAAAGUGACUAUUGGGAUGAAAAAAUAAAAGCGAGUGAAAUACAAAUCACAAAACUUCGAAAUGAAAAUGCUGGUUUAUUGAAAGAUUUGGAAGAUCAAAAAAUGCAGGCACAUCUGCAAAAGGCAGAAUUACAAAAGAAAUUAAUAAGCAGUAUUGAACAUGUUGAAGAAUUGCAAGGAAAAUGUAAUAAACAUCAACGAGAUGUCGAAUGUCAAGCAAUUCCAAGACAAAUCAAUAAAUAUGUUGGUUGUAAGCCAAAUGUGAAAACAAAAGAAACACAAAUUGAGAAAGGUUCACUUUUUGAUGAAAAUGAAGAGCGUUUGAGGAUAUGCAAAGCUGAACUUGAAACAACACGUCGACAAGUUACCGUACUUCAACAAAAAUUGGUUACUGUGAUACAACAGCAGGGUUCAUUGAGAAACAAAAGAAAGAAUACAAUUGUUGAGGAACCUUCAAAAAUUGAUGUGAAAGAAGUUGAAAAUAACAAUAAAAAACAAACUCAGAACUCAGAAGAUAUUGAGACAAAAGUUCGAGAAUUAGAAUUAAGAAAUACGGAAUUAAUGGAGAGGGUGAGUUAUAAAAUUCAUCAAAUGUUCUUCAUAACCUGUUAAUGUUUCAGAUAAACACCAUGGAAGCUGAAAAGUUUGUUGCGUCUUCUAUGGAGAAAACUCGAAUUCAGAAUCUUGUAAAUGAGUUCGAUAACUUGCGAACAAAACUUGACAAUGAUAUGAGUAACUACAGUAAAGAAAAACAAUGGCUUCAAUGGAGGAUAUCAAAUUUAGAACGAGAUAACUCAGAUCUUCAAAAAUUCGCAAAUCGCAGAACUACUGAUUCUACAGAAAAUGAUGAAGACAAUCCACAAAAUAUCACAUUCCGAAAAGCAAUGUCAGAACCUGAUUUUGGAGAUGAAAGUGAAGAAGGAAGUCAGCUAAAUGUUGAUCUUGACAAUUCUGCUGAACUUGUAACAUUGCCUCCAAUUGUUAAUCAACAACCAUUUUCCCAACUUGCUGAUGUUUUGAACUUGGUUAGAAGUGAUUUGGAACAAGUUUUGACUGAAUUCGAAGAACCUGAGGUCAAGGCUAAUAUUUCAAAAACACAAUCACAAAUUUCUUUGGAUGAAUCUACGGUAAGAUUCUGUGUAGUUUCUAUAGAAAUCAUAUUAUGAAAUCAAUCAUUAUUAUCUGGUAAAUUGAUUUUUCCAGAAGUAGAAUUCAUUCAAUUUAAAUAAAAUAGUAAGUAAAUUUCGCGCAUGUUUAUAACAUUUUUCUUACUUCAACAUGCUGUGUCUUUUUCGGUUCGGGUGACAUAUAGUAUUCAGAGAGCAACAACAAUAAUAAUAAUACAGUGUUCUUGUUAGAUGCUUUAAAAUAGAAAACAAUAAUUUCAGGAUAUUCUAAAAGACGUGUUGAAUGAAUGGGCAGAAGAUGAAAGAAAACAGUUAGAACGACAAUUAAAAAGAUCAAAAGAAGAAAGAAAUUCACUCAAAAAUACCAAUGAUCGUUUAUCAAAAGAUUUGCAAACUGCAAUGGCUGAAUUGAAUAUUUAUCGAUUGGAAAAACCACAAAAGGAUUCUAUGGAAGAGAAAAGUUGUAUACAAAGAAGUUCGAGUUUUACAAAUUUCUGCGAAGAUGGAGUCUCGAAAGACGUUUUAAUGUGGAAAGCAAGAUCUGGAACAUUAUUCCGAGAAGUUAAUCGAAUUCGACAAGAUUUAUCGGAAGCUUUGAAAUCCAAUAAUGAUUUGCGUUAUCAGUUAACGAUUGCCAGAGGUGAACGAGAAUUAUCGAGUUGUUUCGAGAAGUGAGUUGAGAUAUUUUGAAAUAUGACAUUUUUAGUAACCACGUAGAGAAUUUGACGUUUUUUUAAACACAUUUUACAUUUUUGUUGAAAAUAUUGAACAUACGAAAUAAAUGUUAAAAUUUUUCAGUCAUCCAUUAUCUCCAUCGCUGAGUUUCCAUACCGCACGGGAUGUUCCGAUCACCAAAGAGUGAGUUUUAAAACAACCACAUCAUUAGUUCAUCUUCUCACACAUACUUUUCAGUCAAAAUGAGGUGAUUGUUCAUGAACCUUCUGAACCUUUCCAACUUGGAUCUUCAAAAGCCAGUCUCUCAGCAAGUAUAAUGAUUCGAAGUCAAAGUUUGGAUCGUAAACACAGUGUUAGUCAAGGUCGUGGUCGAAGUCGAAGUGCUAACAGAAAACCGCCAAUAUCGAAAGAUGAAUUGGAAAAAAGAGAAAAAAGGAGAGAAUUGAGACUUCCAAAAAAUGUUUCAAGAUCUUCUUCUGUUACUUCAUUAUAUGUGACAGCAAAAGAGCAAAAAACACCAAUUAUGUCAGCAUCUUGGCACGAGAAAGCAUUUGAUAAUAAUGAGUUAUUUGAUUGUGAUACUGAUUAUGAUCGAAGAAAUUGUCGAGUUGUUUCAUUACGCGAAAAAGUUGGAAAAUUGACAAGAGAAAAUCGAGAACUUAAUGAUAAAUUGAGGCAAACAUCUGAUAUUUCAAGAGUUAUUGAGUUGGAAAAAGAAACUGAUGAACUGAAAUCAACUGUUAAAGAACUUUUGAACAAAAUGUCUAUGGUACGCAACUACAGAAAACAUUGCAAUCAUUUUUUUUCUGACUUUCAGAGCACACCGGGUCUCGACAAAGAAAUCAAGUUUUUGCGUGAUGAACUGGAAAUAAGACGAAAAGAAAGUUCAAUGUAUGAGAAAAAGUUAGCCGAAGUUGAAGAAGAAAGGUAAUUUUCAGAAUAUGAUACAUGUAUGACUGUGAUAAACUUUGAGUACCUUUUCAAAAUUUAUACCCAUUUCUGAAAAAAAUGUAAUUUUAUAAUCUAUCAAGCUACCUCUUCAGAUUAACAUUUCACGUGUUUUGUGUGCAUUUUCUCCCCAAUCUGAUUUCAGAAAAGAAAUGUACCUGCUGAUGUUCAAAAAAGGUCAACAAGCAGCAAGUAUGGAAUUAAAAGACGAUAGAAUAAUGGACUCGAUGACAGAAGAUCGAAUUACUCUAAAAUUUCUGCAUGAUGCGUUUUAUUAUUAUCUUUUGAAUCGAGGUGAUUCACAAGAGCAUUUAUCGGUAAGUCUUAUUAAAAUUAAUAUUGUGGUUUUCUGCAUACUAACUUUAUCUCUGCUUCGAUGAUUUUCAUAAGAAAUAUUUCAAAAUUUGUUUUUUUUCAGGUGAUGAUGACGAUUCUUGGUUUCACAUCAGAUCAAAAAUCCGAAGUUGCAAAUCGUAAACGAGGUCGUUCAAACUGA